GGCGGUGGCGGGAGGCGGGCGGUGCCGGGGCCGCUGAAGGGCGGGACGGGCCCCGGGCACACGCGGGGCCGUGUCACCGCUCACACCCUCGCACGCGCCGGGCCCUGUCACCCCUCGCGGCUCGCGUCAACACCUGCCCGGGGCGGGGAACCAGGCACCGCUGGCCCGCGGGGACACCGCCGUCCCGGGGGGACACCGGCAGGGCCCCGGAACGCCCGAGGAAGGGAAUACACCCUGGUUUUACCUCAUGAUUUUGUUGGCAGUAGCUAGGAGCCUUCUCCAGAGCUGGAGCUGAAGAGGCAGUUGUCCUCGGGAGGGCCAGCGGCCUGAGGCACCCCAGGGGACGUGACGUGGAGAAGACUUCUCAGGAGCCUAGUUGCCCCCCUGAUUCUGGACGGGAGGCGCUGCCUGGACUCAUGCUGGACUGAAAAACGUCAUUGAUCAUCUGAGUGGGAAGUGCAGAAGGAGCCUCUGUGAUAGAGCAAGAGGAUUUGAUAGGAAACAGUCUUCAGAGCAACGGCGACCUGGUGUCUGACAAGUCAGAGGCUCAUAUGGGGACUGAAGAGUCAUGGAGGAAGACUGUAAAGGAUGCAGGUUGUUACCUGAUCACAGCUCUAGCCCCGCGCUGUAGAUGGGUCUUCCCUGGGCUCGACCAGCGCCUCACUGCUGCCCCUGCCUUGGUGACCACCGCCCCAGCCGGCCGGCCCUACGCUGCGGCAGCGAAAACUACAAAAAAGGGUUCACAAAAGCAGGAAGAAACAAAAAAGAAACAAGUAACUAGGAGGCGACCGCUGCUGAGCAAGCCCGUGGACGAUGUCUACUUGACGUGGUAUUAUGAGCGGCCAUCCUAUGAUGUGGAAGAGGCUGUGGGCAUGCUAAAGAAAUUUCAGGAACUGGAUUUCACUCACCCCAAACAGUUUGUCUACAUUAAUGUAUUCCUAGAUAUGGCACUACAGAAGAAGAAAACAGUGGAUCCAUUUGCAAGCAUUGUUCUUCUUCCAUAUCGCUUUACAGAUGAAACAAACAAGGUCUUGGUUUUCACAGAGAAUGAGCAAGAAGCUGAAAUAGCUCGAGAGAAUGGAGCUGCUGUUGUGGGAGGAGUUGAAUUAAUCAAAUGGAUUUUGGAAGAUGAAAUCCAAGUGGACUUCUAUGUAGCUGUUCCUGCUAUAAUGCCAAAGCUAAUACCAUUAAGGAGCAAAUUGAAACGAAAAUACCCAAGCACAAAGAGAAAUUCCCUGGGCCAUGAUAUUCCCAAAAUGCUGAAUUUCUUCAGAGAAGGUCUUGAGUACGCAGUGCAAGAUGAGCGUGUAAUCAAGACAAGAAUAGCAAGACUGGAUAUGCCUACUGAGCAGAUAGUUGCCAAUCUUAAAACAGUUAUUCAUGAUAUCUGCACGUUCAAGCCAUCGACUUACGAUCCCAUUGUGCAGAAGUUAGUUAUUAGAUCUUCGAGCAGUGAAGGAUUGCUAUUGAACCUUGCUGAACUUCUGCCUCAGGUGGAGAAAGUAGAAACAGAAAAAGAAGCAGAAGAAAAAAAUACAGAAGAUAAAAAUGCAGAAGAUGAUGAAGAAAAACCUGUCCAAGGAUCUGUUAAUACCUGAUGUCUUCCUGUGUAGAUUUGAUGAUCAAACUUGGAAAGCAAAUGGUGUCAUUCAAAUCAUACUUUAUGAAAAGAAAAAAUAAAUCUAACUUGUGAAUUUCACUUGUAAA